CGCUUUUUUUCCAAUUGGAUAUACCCAGCGCAUUCACACGUAAUCAAUCACCAUGGACAAGCUUAAGGAAAAAAUCAACAACUUGAAGGCGGACGCUGAAAAGUGGCAAGAGAAGUCGGACGAAUUGGCCGACCGUAUCAAGGAAUUGGAACAGGAAAACCUCGAGAAGGACCACCAGAUCCAGUCGUUGACCAGAAAGAACCAAGUCUUGGAAGAGCAGGUUGAAAAGUUGGAAACCGACUUGGAAGAAAUCAAGCAUACUGCUGAUGAAUCGCACUCGUUGAAGACGUCCAAUGACAACUACACCAAGAAGAACCAGGUAUUGGAAGAAGAGUUGGAAGAGGCCGACAAGAACUUGAAGGAAACCACUGAGAAGUUGAGAGAGACCGACAUCAAGGCCGAACAAUUGGAAAGAAAGGUCGCCUCGUUGGAACAAGAAAAGGAAGAGUGGGAAAGAAAGUACGAGGAAUUGACCGAACAACACUUGGCUGCCAAGUCAGAGUUGGACGAGAUCUCGCAACAGUUGGAAGCUAUCUAGGCUGUGCUGCUACGUAUAUAAUGUUGCCGAUACCAGUGUAUAGUUAAUACAGAAUUUUAAAGCAUACA